AUGCGACAGGCGCAGCAGGACCGGAGAUCGAUGGACGAGGAGAUGCUCCUGGCGCUGAAGGACUUGCUUGAGAUUGCAGCAGGAGAGAUGGAUGGUGGCCAUGGCAACAAUGGCGUUGUCCCCAACGUGAACCAGGGCGUGCCCCACAACUCGGUGCACACCCUAAGGGCCGCACCAACUCCUUUGAAUCCAAACCUAAUCAAUUCCGAGCCCCCGGCGGUGGUGCAACCUGUUCCCGUGCAGGCGCCCAUGCCUGUCCCCGUGCAGGCCCCCGUGCCUGUUCCCGUGCAGGCUCCCGUGCCUGUUCCUGUGCAGGCCCCUGUGCCAGCCCACGCCACGCCAGAGCCUGUGCCAGCACCAGGCGCAUCCGCGCCUGGCCCUUUCGGUGCCAAUUCUACGGCGACUCCCGUGCCCACCACACCCGAGAUGGCAACUGCAAAGGACCCCUUUGCAGCAGCAAGGCAAACUACCCCAGAGCCUGUGCCAGCACCAGCCGUAACCACGCCGCUUUCAACCGCACCGGGCUUUUUCGGUGCCAAUUCUUCGGCGACACCCGUGCCCACCACCCCUGAGAUGGCGAAUGCCAAGGACCCCUUUGCUGCAGCACGGCAAACUACCCCAGAGCCUGUGCAAGCACCGGCCGUAACCACGCCGCUUUCAACCGCCCCGGGCUUUUUCGGUGCCAAUUCUUCGGCGACACCCGUGCCCACCACCCCUGAGAUGGCGAAUGCUAAGGACCCCUUUGCUGCAGCAAGGCAAACUACCCCAGAGCCUGUGCCAGCACCGGCCGUAACCACGCCGCUUUCAACCGCCCCGGGCCUUUUCGGUGCCAAUUCUACGGCGACUCCCGUGCCCACCACCCCUGAGAUGGCGCAUGCGGUUCCAGAGGCUGUACCCAUGCAACCCCCUGUGCCUAACCCGGCGCCGGCUACGCCGGAACAGAUUCCUACCCCCAUGCAAACCCCAUCGUCCUUGAAUGGGGGCUCGUCACUGUUCAACAAUGACAAGAUGAAGGAGGACUGGCCGCAGGGGUCCUUGAUGUUGCUCUACUGA